GCGCGAGCAUCCAGUAAGGUGUGGAAUCUCCUGCUGAAAGCUCUUCACUUCUCCGGUGCAAAAGUUCUCUCUUCUGUGAUUAACUUGUGUGCCUUAAAUGACAAACUCUUAUCCUUAAUCUGGGGAUCUUUUGUGUGGAUUUAAUCAAAGACCAAAAAAACUCCUGCUGUGGAUUACAUCCGAAAAAAGAGGAAUAAAGUGUGCCUGUGUUGUGUGCUGAAGAAUAGAUUUUUUUUUCAAAGGAAAAUCCCUGAAGAUUUAAAUUACAUUUAAGCAGGAAAAAACUCCAACGGAAUUUAUUGUGUUCCUUCCACAAACACACAAUGCUCAACGUGCUAAGAGUGAUUGUGGCGACAGUGUUGAUCGUGAAAUGUACACACAGCCAGACGAGCCCAUUUCCUCCGCCAUUCACGGGGCCCACGAGGGAUCUACGCACCCGUGUCCCACCCACUGAAUCCCAAUUCCGGGUAGUGUACGAAUGGCGGGUGAUUGACUACGCCUUCCCGCUGGAGCAGCUCCGUUUGACUGCCAUCUACAACCAUGACUACAUCCCGCAGAAUAAUUUAAUCUCCGACGUGAAGGCUUUUGCCAAUAGAUUGUACGUCACAAUGCCACGGAUGUUGCCUGGAGUUCCUGCCACAUUGGGAUGGGUCGUAGUUCCUGACAAUAACGGUCGAACGGACCCAGAAAUUGAACCAUUCCCAUCGUGGGCUAUGAAUGAGCGCGGCAACUGUUCUGCCAUGCAGUUUGUGCAGGGAAUUGCAAUUGACGCCUAUGGGAUACUGUGGGCAGUUGAUUCUGGACGUACAGAGACUCUAGCCCCAGGCCCGGGAUCCGUAAUUUGCGGCCCCAAACUGUGGAUGUUUGAUCUACGGCGAAAUGGAACAUUGGUGCACAGGUACGAUUUCCCCGAGGAAGUUGUUUCACGUGGAUCGAAUUAUCUCAAUAAGAUUGUCAUUGAUGAUGCCUUUGGGGGUUUUGCCUAUAUAACGGACAAUUCCGGAGCUGAUCCGGGAAUUGUUGUCUUCUCCCGCAAGUUGAAUACAUCAUGGAAGGUGCGUGAGAAUAAUUCAAUGAGAGCAGCUCAGAAUGCUGUGCAGUUUGCAGUUAAUGGAACUAGUUUGGGCUUUGCAAUUCACAUUGAUGGCAUUGCUCUUGGGCCAUACUUCAAUCCCAACGUUGUUGGGGAUAAUUUGAAUCGUCAACCGUUGCACUAUGAUGAGAAUUUCGAACGGAAUGUCUACUACUGUCCCCUCUCGAGCUUCCACCUCUACUCCAUCCCAGCCAGUGUUCUGAGGAAUCCUGAUUUUGCCAGAACUGCCGCACCUAGGCAGGUAAUGGCAGCAGUAACAGAUCAUGGGCUUAAAUCAUCACAAACAGACGGAAUGAUCAUGGACAACGAAGGAAAUCUCUAUUUUGGUCUCCUGGCUGAUCAUGCUAUUGCUCAGUGGAACUCCUACACACCCUUCACAGUAGAGCAUCAGCGUAUCAUUGCGCGUGAUCCCUUCUACAUUCAGUGGACAGAUGGGAUGACCUUUGAUGGCGAAGGGAAUCUCUAUGUUGUUGUAAAUCGGUUGCAUAACUUCGUAGCUGGGCGAUUGGAUACGAAUCAGGUGAACUUCCGCAUUUUGAAGUCAACAACAGGCACUCAGAGCUACGUCAACACCGCAGCUAUCAUCAAUGGAGCUGUGACGGACAAUGGGAUCUCCAUUCCUGAUGGGAUCUACGACACAACAGCCUUUGGGGCUUUUGCUGGCUUCCCCACAACGACGCCACAGUACAGCGGAUUGGGAAGUGAACGGAGGUACUACUACAACAACGCUGCCAUGAAAAUCAAUUCAAAAUUCCUCCUGACUCUCCUCUCCCUCCUAGCUCUGUGCCUACAUCUUCAACGAUAGGAUUUAUCGGAAAUCUUGUCAGAGAAACUUUCUCACACUCAUUCAAAAAAAAUCUCAAUUCACAUUGCAGGGAAAAUUCAAAUGGCGGCUGUAACGGCUUUAUAACCUCAUUCCAUUGUAUCAGAGUUUAGCUCAUUUAGCAAAUUGUUUGAGUUUCAAAAAAAGAAUCCAAAUAAAAAAAUGAGAGAAAAGUAUUUUAACCAAAUAUUUAUUGAAUAAGAAAUAAAAGUGAAAUACAUCGAAAAAAAAUAAAGAAUUUCUACAUUUUUGACAGCUGGCUGUCAGACGCCAUUUUCGUAAAAUAUCCUUUCAUUCGCCAUUUGCAUUUUUUUCUUUUGUGAAUUAAACUUUAAAAAAAAUCAUUCUCAGCGAUUUUUCCUUUUCCCGCAACGAUUUUUAGCUUUAAUCAUGUUACCAACAACAUCGAAUUUCCUCAUGACUUUUAAGUUAGGCAGGGUUAUAGAGAACCUAGUCCAUGCAGUCAGUAUUCUUUCUUUUCUUCAUCAUGAUUAAAUUGUUGUAUAUUUUAUGUGUAAUUGAGAGUGGCGUAAGCGAAGCAAUAUAAGAAUAAAUUUUUUCGAUGAA